AUGGAUCCUAACCAGCUAUUAUCACCUCCUUGGAACUGAGUUAUAAAAAGCCACACAUUGAUUCUGUUUGACACAACAGCAACGAAGGGCGUGUGAAUAUUUCUUCUUCUUCUCUAAUGCAUUUUGUCUGUCUCCUUUUAGUACAACAAUGAUCUGCGCCUUUUGGCAGCCAGUCUCUCCACGCGUCAGAACAGCUCCAACUUCACGCCCGUUCUCAGGAAAAUGCCUCAGCCUGCAGCAGCAUGCCCGCGCAGAGGGGAGGAGGGUUGGUGGUCAUAUAGGCGGGCUGACGAUCCCUCUCCACACGCUGUUUGCAACAGAGGAGCGCAGCAGUGGGAGCUGUGUUUUUUUCUCACCUCGUUGCUUUUGUUUUGUGAAUGGAUAGUUAAAGUUCGAGAUCCAUGCGCGCAGUCUCUCUCUCUCUCUCUCUCUCUCUCUCUCUCUCUCUCUGUCUCUCUCUCUCUCUCUCUGUCUCUCUCUCUGUCUUAUGAAAGAGCAUGACCACUGCUGAGCUUCAGACAGAUUGGACCUGAGCUCACACACAAGAAGAGAAGGCGACAUGGAGGCUAUCACGACCCAUGAGUUCCUGAUUAACUCAACAGAUCUGAACAGUGUCUUGUGCCGCUUCGGGAUCAACAUUUCGGAAUGCGAGCCAGGACGGGGCCCCUCUCCAGAGCCCAACGACAUCUCCCAGCCUGUCCGGAUCGUCCUGUACAGCAUCAUCUUCCUCCUCAGCCUCAUCGGCAACAGCAUCAUCAUCAUCGUCCUGCUGCCGGUAGGACGAAGACCGCGGCUGAGGACCAUCACCAAUCUGUUCCUGCUGUCCCUGGCAGUGAGCGACCUCAUGAUCUCCCUGGUGUGCAUCCCCUUCACCUUGAUCCCCAACGUCAUGAAGGAUUUCAUCUUUGGCCUCGGCAUGUGCAAGCUGGUCAUGUACUUCAUGGGCGUCUCGGUCAGUGUUUCCACCUUCAACCUGGUGGCCAUUUCCAUCGAGCGCUACUAUGCCAUUUGCAGCCCCCUCGCUUCCAUGGUGUGGCAGACGAGGAGCCACGCCAAAAAGGUCAUCACCGCCACCUGGGUGGUGUCCUCCAUCAUGAUGCUGCCCUACCCGAUCUCCAGCACCCUGAGGCCCUUCACUCGCCUCGACAACAGCACGGGACACAUGUGUCGCCUGAUGUGGCCCAACGCGGUGUUCCAGCAGUCCUGGUACAUCGCUCUGCUGCUGGUGCUUUUCCUGAUUCCUGGUAUCAUGAUGGCGACGGCUUACGGACUCAUCUCCUUGAAGCUGUACAAGGGAAUCAAGCGAGCGCAGUCCCUGAAGCAGUCCAGCCGAGAACGCCACGCCAGCACCGGCAGCAUCAAACCAGGAAACGGCGACGGCUACAACUCAUCCGAGAGCAAGAGAUCGAGGAAGAGCAGAGGCGGCGAGCUGCCGGAGACGUCCCGAAACUCCAGCAGAAAGGAGCUGAUGGCCAACAAACGCGUCAUCCACAUGCUCAUCGUCAUCGUUUUCCUCUUCUUCCUCUGCUGGACCCCCGUCUUCGUCGUCAACGCGUGGAAGGCGUUCGACCAGCGCUCGGCGAACCGUCUGACGGGAGCGCCCAUCUCGUUCAUCCACCUGCUGUCCUACACCUCGUCCUGCGUCAACCCCAUCGUGUACUGCUUCAUGAACAAACGCUUCCGGCAGAGCAUACUGGCUACCUUUUGUAGCGUCAAAAUCACGGGGGGGAUCAGGAAGUGGUUCUACUGGGGGAAGAAAAAAAGCCCAUCUGAAUGGCACAGAGACGUGGGAAGAGGAUACGCGCCCUCCAGUACCCAAAGCAUGAGGGAGAGCACUCCCGGCGUCAACACGAACAUCCCCAUGACACAGUGCAGCGAGGGCCCGUGAUCUGGACCGCUCUGUGCAUGCUCUAUGUAGAAGUGCCACGCGGGGGUGAAGACGGCGCGUUGUGUGUUGCUGAGCCCUCGCAGUGCUUUGUGGGUAUUUCUUUCAUUUUAGCUUGGUGUGAAACGACACGAGUCGGCAGGCUGACGCCUCACAGCGGAACGAUCACAGCCAGAUGUUUCCCGGAGACCUGCAGAGUCCAGAGUACCGACGACGCUCAUUCAGCUUCGGGGACCGCGGGCGUGAACAUGAAGUGCUCUGACGCAGCAGCGAAUAAGUCAACAUCCCGGUUCUGCACAUAAAUACCGCCAGAUGCUUUAGAACCGUCAUAAGCUCCGAAAUUACACAAAUAAAGAAAUAAACAUUUUUCUUAAAUAAUAGCUUUUCUUUGAAAAUGUUGAAACAAUAUCUAAUCUUUAAGGACCAGUGCACAAGCAAAAAUAAGUGGGACUUUUCAGUUUUUAAAUCAUUUUAGUCAGGAAAAAACAACAACAAUGUCCUAUGCAGAGUUAGAGCCAUAUUCAAAUAUUCCGACUACUUGAGCCUGGGAAGCCAUCAGUCCUGGCGUGACGCCGUCCCCACCUCUGAGUCUCAGCCUCUGAGACAAAUCAAAUGCAGCUCGUAGCUAGAUUUGUCCCGAUCCCGUUUCCAAUUAAUGCUUAAAUUCGCCUUUGUGCUGAAAAGAAUAACAAGUUGGAAGAAAAGUCCAGUAGUGUGUGGUGAAAUAACAGACUGCUUUUUUUUUAAAGGCCAAAUCAAAGACAAUAAAUCAUAAAUAUUUGCAUGUUAAUAUCUUUCUCGAUGCCAGAUCAAUGUCCUCGAUUCAAACCCGCUUAGCUUUCAUUGGUUUCCACACCGCGACGUAUUGUGAUGGCAUUUUUAAAAACGCUUGUUGCGCAGGCCUGCACAUGAAAAUAAAUGAAGGAUAUUUUUUUUGUGUGUAAAUUUUCAUUUCUUUGAAGUGAUGUGCCUUUCAUUUGCUCCUGUUGUUGGAUGGGGCGUCGUUCACAGUGUCCUGCUGCAUCACAACAGGUUGUGUUACCUUUCUUUAGGCACGCUGCCUCAUUUUAUUUAUUUUUCAUACGAAAGGACCAACUCACUACAUGGAAAUGAACUUUCAGUGCUGUGAGAGAGUUGCCAAAUAUUUCAUUGGU